UCCCUCACUUCACUUUCUGCUUUUGCAGGCUUUAGAUCUUUACAUUAGUAGGAUUGGGUUUUUUUUUUUGCUCUUUACUUCUCACUCACUCACUGAAAGCAGAGUCCUGAUUGUAUCCAGUGUGUGUGUUAGGGGUGUGAGUGUGUGUUAGGGGUGUGUGAGUGUGUGUUAGGGGUGUGUGAGUGUGUGUGUUGCGGAAAGUAUCGUCAGGAAUCCCGGUCGGUCCAGGAGCGAUGAGGAAAGGCUGCACUCUUCCACACAGGAGCCUGAAGUUGGGGCGGAUGUGACGAGCCAUGAUGAGAGGAGGUGAGGAAGGAGGUUCAUAGCCUAGCGGACCGAACCUGUUGAAUUUGAGUGACUUGAUCCUUUCCAAUCCUACACCGAAUCAUCUCUGUAUCCCGAGCUCUCUUUUAGAGGAGAGCAGAGAGGCAACGCUGUCCCUUUAACGUCACCUGAACCACCAUGACGACGUCAUCCUUGCGCCGCUCCGUGAAGAACAUCGUGAACAACUACACGGAGGCGGAGAUCAAAGUGCGCGAGGCGACCUCUAAUGACCCAUGGGGUCCUUCAGGUUCACUCAUGAUGGAGAUUGCGGAGUUGACUUUCAACGUGGUGGCCUUCGCCGAGGUCAUGGGGAUAAUCUGGAAGCGCUUGAACGACCACGGUAAGAACUGGCGUCACGUCUACAAGGCGCUGACGCUGCUGGAUUAUCUGGUGAAGACGGGCUCGGAGCGCGUGGCUCAGCAAUGCAAAGAGAACAUCCACGCUAUCCAGACUCUCCGAGACUUCCAGUACGUAGACCGCGAUGGCCAGGAUCAGGGUGUGAAUGUGCGCGAGAGGGCCAAGCAGCUCGUCGCUUUGCUCCAAGACAAAGAAAAACUACGGCAAGAGAGAAGCCAGGCUCAGACGACGCGCGAGCGCACGGCCUAUACCGGCAGCGUUAUGGGAUACGGCUCCAUGCCUCCACCGUACUCAGGAAGCCGCACCAGCCAACCCAACGUGGCGGCCAUCUACGGGGACGAGUACGGCCGCUCUCGAAGCUCGUCGUCCUCGUACAACGUUUCCAAUUCACCCCCUCAUCUGGCCCCAGAGCUGGAGCAGGCACGGCCGCAGACCAGCGGUGAGGAAGAGCUACAGCUGCAGCUGGCGUUGGCCAUGAGCCGAGAGGAGACCGAGAAGCCACCUCCUCCUGUGGAUAUCGAUGAACAGACACAACUCCAGAUUGCAAUGAGCCUCAGCAAGGAGGAAGCCCAAAAGAAGCCUCCUCCUGCUGUCACCUUGGACAUGGAUGAAGAGACGCAGCUCCAGAUUGCUCUGAGCCUCAGUAAAGAGGAACAUCAGCAGGAGGAGCGAAGUCGCCUGGGAGACGAGUCGUUGCUCAAGAAAGCUCUUGAAGAGAGUAAAAGAGAAAUGGAAGCCAAAGCAGGAGGGUCUGCUAUGUUGGAUCUGAUGGAUAUUUUUGCUCCGGUCUCUGAAGCGCCACCUAGUGCCAACCCCUGGGAUCGGUCUGGAGCUGGUGGUCACGCGCAGGCUGUGGGACCACUGAAGGUCGACCCGUGGGAUUCUCUGGAACCAAGCUCCUCAACUCGAGGUACUGGAAGCUCCUGGGCAGCACCUUCCAGUCUUCGCUCUCAGCCCUGGGACCAUCGGUCACGUCCUCCUGACCCAUGGGAAGCUCCUCAGAAUGCCCCCAGUCCUGUUCCCUCGAAUCAGACAUGGAUCUCAGCUGCUGACAGAAAAGGGUCCGCUAUCCCAGUCAAAGGCUCGUCACCACGGCCUGGGAGUCCCAUGGAUGGAGAUCGUUUUGAUGACGCCAUGGAUGGAGGCCAGGUGAACAUUAAUGGCCGUAGUGAGGGAAGUCCAGAGUUGUUUGACUUCUCUCGUUUGGGAGAGAGUUUAGCAGAGCCAGUGCCUCGGACCUGUCACACUCCGGAAGCCUUCCUGGGCCCCACAGCGGCCUCGCUCGUCAACCUCGACUCCUUGAUCCCACAGAACCAUGCUCCUAAAAACUUAAACCCGUUUUUAACAGGUGUGAGCGCUCCUGCCACAAAUCCAUUCCAAGCCGAUCAGCCGCGGCUCACGCUCAACCAGAUGCGUCCGAGCUCCACGUCCCCCGUUCCCAACUCGCUACAAUACAGCACCUCUCUGCCUGCGAGUAAUCAGCCUUUGUCCUUAUCCAGCUCCUUCACCCAGCCUUCAGAGGGACACGUUAACGUGCCCGGGAACCUGCCUCAGCCGCUGCUCCCCCUCUCGUCCGCAUCCGCACAUGGCCAGCCGGAUCAGAGUCAGAACCCGUUCCUCUGAGGGUUGGCGUGAGCAGAGCUCCAUGUGGCCUGAAUGUAAGCUUACUGGCCUGAGUAACAAUGCUUAUAACGGAGUGACGAAUUAACCGCAGACUUGGAUCUAAACUGGAACGUAGUCCGAUUUAAAGACACUACUGUUUUAUACUGGCUAACUAUUUUCACAACUCUUUGCUAUUGCUACUUAUCCUCUUAUAUCCAUCAGCACUACAGAACCAAUGUGUCUUUUAUAGUCAUAUAAGCAAUCAGCUAUUUUUUUUUUUUUUUUAAAUAAGGGAUCAUGAUCUAAUUUCAGACCAGAUUUCAACCAGGAACUUUUACAACACGUUACAGCUUCACUGAUCUCUACGGAAGCCGAGAGAGGCCCUUCAUAUAAUCCUUUUUUUUUAUUCACCUUGUUAUCCCGAGAUAACGACAUAAUUAAUUCAGGAUCUCGAGAAAACAAAACCGUUAUUUCGAGAUCUCGAGGAAACAAAACAAUUAUUUCAUGAUCUCGAGUAAACAGCUGAGAAAUGGUUCAUUCAGAUGCGCCAAGAGACUUGCUGACUUCGGGGCUAUUUCUCAUUCUGUAUAGACGCAACUUUGGUCAGAAUGUCUGGAAUAAUCGAUCACCUAAUAAGGCGAUAUUUUGAUCAGGGGUUGACACAGGGAGAGAUUGCAUUAAGUCUUUUAAUAAGGGAUGAUGUUCUCCUCUGGGACCCCCCUCUCUCUCUCUCUCUCUCAAGGCA